AUGGCGGGGCUAUUUAUAGCCGGUCGCAAGGCGGUUCGCGGUGGAAAAAUCUUCCGACCGGGAGGAUUCUUGCCGGCAACGGCAGCAGGGCACAGUGAGGACGGCGACCCGUCACACAGGAAGUCAGCAGUGAGCUGUCGUCGGCGUGCUCCACGUGCCCGUGGUGGACGCGGAGGCGACGCGGAGAGGACACGGCGUCAACGGCAGGGAGGUGGUUGGUCGGCGGCGGCGGCGACACGCGCUCAGCGCGUCAGCGACGGCGGCGACGUGCUCACAGUGCCACCGGUGGGCCCCACUCGUCGGUGA